AUGCCUGCACACCACCAGGCCUUCAUAUCUUGGGAGCAGACUCGCCUCAUAUUGAGAGUGAUGGCCCCGAGCGGCAGGGAGCUCCCUCAAGUCUCAAUGAGCUACCACAACGUCCGUUACACAUUAAGAAACAUCCAUUUCCGUGUCUUACCGGUAUUCUUUAUGCGGCAGGAGCUCUAA